AUGCCGAGAAUAAUUCUGUCUGUUAAUGCGGGCUCUUCCUCUGUCAAAGCUACAUUUUACACCUUGGACAACCCGCCUUCCGCGAUAAUUGAGGCCCAGGUCUCCGGGAUUACUGCGCCGCCCCAAACAUUCAAAUACAGCACAAAAAGCGACCAGAAAAAAGAGAAACUAAAGUAUAACCUAGGAUCACCUCCAGAGGCAUUCAAGUACUUGCUGCAGCGAUGCCUCACCGACCCGGUGGUAUUCGUGUCGGCCAGUCCAGAGGAUGUGGUCUGCAUAUGCCAUCGCAUCGUCCACGGAGGGGAUUAUACCAAUGCAAUUGAGAUCAAUGAUGAAACCUAUCAUCAAUUAGAGGAAAUUGAAGAUCUUGCUCCACUGCAUAACUUUCCAGCCCUCGAGAUCAUCCGAACAUGUCGGCAAGAACUACCUCUAGUCAAGAAUAUUGCGCACUUUGACUCGGCGUUUCAUCACAGCUUGCCAAAGCAUGUUCGAACCUACCCGAUUGACCAAGAAGUGGCUAGGAGGAAUAAGUUGCGCAAAUACGGGUUUCAUGGGAUAAGCUAUGCUUUUAUCCUCCGGUCAGUGGCGCAGUUUUUGGGUAAACCGCAGGACAAGACAAGUUUGAUAGUGAUGCACAUUGGCAGCGGAGCUUCAGUAUGUGCAAUAAAAGACGGCAAAUCAAUCGACACAUCGAUGGGAUUAACUCCCUUAGCAGGUCUUCCUGGAGCGACAAGAAGCGGAGAUAUUGACCCUAGCCUAGUAUUCCAUUAUACCAGCGAAGCCAGCAGCUUGAGUCCUUCCAGUACAAAGGAGAUGCACAUUAGCACAGCCGAGGAAAUUCUCAACAAAAAGUCCGGCUGGAAAGGGCUCACAGGAACAACAGAUUUCGCGCAAAUAGCAGUUGAAAACCCGCCCACGGAAAACCACAAGCUCGCCUUUGACAUCCUCGUAGACAGGAUAUCAGGUUUUGUUGGGAAUUACUUCGUCAAGCUGCAUGGCCAGCUUGAUGCAAUCGUAUUCGCUGGCGGAAUUGGCGAGAAAAGCGCCCUCUUACGUCAGGCAGUUGCUCAGCAAUGCAGUUGUCUUGGCUUCAACAUUGAGGCGGGCAAAAAUAGCGACGGCGCGGUUGAUGAAAAUACGCCAGUGACGGACGUGACUCGGGAUGCUGGGAAUGGGCCGCGGGUGCUGAUAUGUCAGACCAACGAGCAGUUUGAAAUGGCUUACCAUACGAUCGCGCAUAUGAAGGUGCUCGACUGA